AUGCAGCGAUUAGCUACAAGUAUUACAAUUUUUUUCUUGGUUAUUCUAAGUUUUUACUCAACUGGUGCUAUAAGAUGCUAUGUUUGUCGAAGCGUCGACACUCCUGAUUGUGAUUCAGAACUCGAAUUAACAAAAGUCAAUGUUACUAUAUUUAUAGUUGCAAUUAAUGCUUCUCAAAGAUGCACGAAGGAUAAGCUCAGUGAUAUCUAUGUCCGAGGAUAUGGUGAUGCAACUGCGUGUCCAUAUGAUGGUAACCGUUGUAAUAGCAGUAAAAUUGCCGAUCUUACCGUAGCUAAUUGUUGUUGUAAUACAGAUUUAUGUAAUGGUGUUCCAUCGAUUCAACUACAAUAUUAUCUUCUUAUUCCUACUAUUUGUGUGUUCACUGUUAUUAAGAAAAUAUUUACUAUAUAA